AUGGCAGACCACGACGAGAUUGUCAUGCAGUUCUGCGAGCUGACCGGCUCCAGUGCCGAUCGUGCUGCGCAGUACCUUGAGGCCAGCAGUUGGAACAUUUCCGCCGCCGUCAGUUCCUACUUCGCCGACGAUGAGGACGAGUCUGCUCCUAGUUCAAGCCGGCCUUCUCAGCCUGCGCCAGAACCCGCGUACAGCGGCCCCAGAACUCUCGACGGCCGACCUGCCCCUCAAUCCGCCCUUGCCUCCUCCAGCUCCGCCUCAAAGAAACCCGCCAAGAAGAAGGGUCUCGCCACCUUGAGCUCGCUUGGUGGUGGAGGAGGUGGCCACGACCACGAUGACGACGACGACGACGAAGAGGAGGACGACACAGCUGACCGCAGAGGACCUAGAGAUCUGUUUGCUGGCGGUGAGAAGUCGGGCCUCGCUGUUCAAGACCCUGGACGGAACCCCGCAGACCCUCAGAAUGUCAUCAAGGACAUUCUCGCAAAGGCAAAAGCAAACGCCAAGCGUGCCCCCAGCAGUGACGAGGACGUCCCCGGCCCAUCCCAGUCGUCCAACUUCCGAGGAGCUGGAACCACGGUGGGUGGCGAGGGCACCGAGUCCCGAACCAUCCCAGACCCAGCUGGCGCGCAUGCUCCUUCGCGAAGCGCCGAGGAACUCCCUGUGGUGACACGCACUCUUCAUCUCUGGCGCGACGGCUUCUCUAUCGAAGAUGGACCUCUGCGCCGCUAUGACGACCCCGAGCAUGCCAUGGACCUGCAGAUGAUCCGAACGGGCCGCGCACCUCUUCAUCUGAUGGAGGUAGAGCAUGGCCAGCGAUGUGACGUCCGCCUCCAGCAGCACGAGGAGGACUGGCACCAGCUGCCGCGCAUCUACAAGCCCUUCGGAGGACAAGGACGCCGGCUGGGGAGCCCGGUCCCCGGCGAUGGCAACGCAGCACCAGCCUCGGUGCUGACCCCCGCUGCUCCUGCGAUCAGCGCCCCUGCUGGCUCGCCUGCCGCGCUGGCAGAUGUUGAUCCCAACCAGCCCAGCGUUGCCAUUCGAUUCCAGAUGCCCGACGGCUCAAGGCUGCCCGCCCGCUUCAACCUGACCCACACGGUCGGCGACCUCUACCAGUUCGCCCGCAGCGCGUCGGCUGAGACCCGCGUUCGCGCUUUCACCGUCCAGUCGACUUUCCCGACCAAGGAGUACACAGACCACAGCCAGCUGUUGGGAGAGGUUGACGCUUUCAAGCGGGGUGGUAUUGCCGUGGUCAAGUGGGCUUAG